AUGGCAUUGCCGCCCAGGAUCCUGAUUGUCGGAGGGGGUGUGUUUGGAUUAUCCACCGCCCUCUCCCUGUCAAAGCGACACCCAGAAUCCAAAGUAACAGUAGUAGAGUCCUCACCAACAAUCCCCAACCCCCACGGGUCAUCCGUUGACACGUCCCGGAUCGUGCGAGCCGACUAUGCCAACGCAGCAUACUCCAAGCUCGCCGCAGCAGCCAUCCACCGCUGGCGCAGCACAGACUGGGGCCGCGACGGCCGGUACACGCAGAACGGCCUGCUACUCGUGUACCCAGAAGACAGCGCCAGCGCCAAGGAGUACGCACGCAAGAGCUACGCCAACGUGCGCCAGAUCGAGGGCGACAAUGUCACCUUCCUACCCACCCAAGCGGACGUCCUCAGCGUCGUCCCCGCCUACGGCUCGACCCUUGAUGUCGCCGGCGGCUACGUGAACUGGGGGUCUGGAUGGUCCGAUGCUGCGGCUAGCGUGCGCUAUGCUAAGACCCUCCUCGACACCGAAGGGAAGGUUAUCUUCCGCACUGGUGAUGUCGAGCGUGUGCUAUACGACACGAAUGGCGCGAAGCCUAAAGCUACCGGUGUCGUCUUGACGGACGGGUCGACCGUCGAGGCGGAUCUGGUUGUGCUGGCGACUGGCGCGUGGACGCCGAAACUGGUGGACCUGCGUGGUCGGGCUGUUGCGACCGGUCAGGCCAUUGCUUAUAUGCGGAUCUCUGACGAGGAGCAGCGUGAGUUGGAGAAUUUGCCUACGAUUUUGAACUUUGCGACGGGGAUCUUCAUUAUCCCGCCCCGGGAUAAUCUGCUGAAGAUUGCGCGACAUGCUUAUGGGUAUCGCAAUCCGGUUGAGGUGCCGGUUCCUGGGGCUUCGGGCUCGAUGGUGGUUAGUCUGCCUGAAAAGGGGGUUCCUGUGCCGCUUGAAGGACAGGAUGCGUUCCGGUUUGCGUUGAGACAGCUUUUGCCGCGGUUUGCGGAGAGGGAGUUCGUUGAUACUAGGAUUUGUUGGUAUACUGAUACGCCCACGGGUGACUUCAUUGUUUCUUACCACCCUGACCAUGAGGGUCUUUUCCUUGCUACCGGUGGUAGUGGCCAUGGGUUCAAGUUUUUCCCUGUUAUUGGAGACAAGAUUGUUGAUGCCCUGGAGGGCACACUUGAUUCCGAGUUGAGUAAGAUGUGGAAGUGGCCUGAGGCUGCUGUGCCGGACGAAGAGGACUUCGACGGCGACGGUAGUCGGUCUGGGGAGAGGAGAGCGAUCUUGAAAGACGAGUUGGCGAAGACAAAGAAGGCUUCACGGAGCAGUAUGCUUUAG